GGCGAUUUUCAGCAACCAGGGUGCAUCCUAUUUUUCUUAUUCAUACCCAAAGUACUUACCUACCUAGUCAUUAAUAUUCAGGUCCCCAAGCACCUACGACUAAGUUCCAUUUACCAGUCUUGGGCACGAAUGACAGCCCGCCCAAUGGAACAAGGCGACCGCCCACUUCGUACCCUACGAUGAGAGUUCACACCCUACUAUGAGAGACGAAGAAAGGCCGUGUCUCCACUCAUAAAAGCCGGGGACUAGUCGUUACCUUACCGCCAGACCUUGGACGCGCGUCUGGCAAGGAUUUUGCUCCCGCCGGCGCAGUCCACUUGAAGGGCGUCACUGGAGGGCUGGCCAUGUUUUCCGUCUAGAAAGAGCACGCGACGCAGCUCCCUUGCUCCCCACUCGCCCGCAUCGUCCUUGAUGUCUUCCUCAUGCUCGGGCUCGUGGACAACAGAAUCAGCGGCAGCGCUCACUGCUUCUUCUGGCUCCCCUUGUUGUAAUGGUCGCUCGCCAUCCGCGGCCAUGUACGACUCCAUGAGGCCCGCCACCUCAUCACGCCGGCUCAACCGAGCCGUUGGAGCGGCGUCGGCCUCUUCGUCUGGUCGCGCGUUCCCUGGACCAGCGCACCUGUGGACGACAAUAACCAGACGACCUCGGCGUCGCCCUGGGACGCGGCGCUGUGCAUGGGUGUGGCCUCGUUGAAGUCGGUCCGUCCCGGGUCGGCCACGUGGCCCGGAUGGCCGCCGCGUGGAGUGCUGUGCCGCCGAAGCGACUGCCAGGCGCGUCAAGAUCGGGAUGUCGGCCGCCAGCGACCGUAUUAGUACCGCCCUUGUCGCGCUGUUGUAAUAGGGCUCUCGACAUGGCCACCGACGCCAAAUGAUGCGACGUAGUAGAGAGCCGUCCCAUGGCGGGGAUAGAUGUUCCACUUGAAGUCCGAGUCUACAUUAAGGAAUUGGACCCAGGCCAUGAAGUUGCCUCUCUUGUCGGCCAAAAGAAACUUGUCGACGAGAGCAUUGGCAAACCGGCCGGUCUCUGUCCCCAGCCUUGCGCAAAUGCGGGUACUGUGGAGUUGAACUCAGAUGGUCAGCUUCAUAUAAUCAAAGCUUCCAAGGAAAGUUUGGUGGCUUUAGACUCAUUUCCCGAAGACUUCCCGAUCAGAGAUUCUGAAAUCAUAGAAACUACACUCUGUGGCAACUAG